AUGUAUACUAUAUAUGGGUUUGAUAGUUUUUCAAAAGAAGAAUAUUUAAAUUUUUUUUUUGAACUAUUAAAAAAUAACUAUGAAAAAGAAAUUUUACAAGUAAUUAAUUUACCCGAUCCAACAUUAUUUUAUUCAUUAAAUGUAGAAUUUUCAUAUAUUUUAGAAGGUGAUGUCAAUUUUGGACCAUUAUUUAUAGCAGAACCAACUAAACUAUUACCUAUAUUUAACGAAGCAUUAAUAUUGGUACAGAAAUAUUUUAUAGAUAGAGAGUUCUCUGGUGAAAACAGAAUUGAAAAUGGUAGGAAUGAUACAAUACCGUCUCAGGCAUCGUCAAGUGUUAAAUACCAUUAUAUAUUAAAAAAGAAUUUUAGGGUCAGAGUUUCGGAUUUACCACUUUGUAAAGAAAUAGCACAUUCAUCAUUACCAAGGUCGAAUGAAGUAGGAAUAUUUGUGGAGUUUAGAGGAACUGUAAUUAGAUCAGGUCACCCAAGAGUGCUGGAGAAAACAAAGAAAUUCCAAUGCAAUAAAUGUUCAUACCAAUUCGAUGUUUCAAUCGACUUUGAACAAUACAAUCAAUACAACAUACCAAAGAAAUGCCCAAACGACGAGUUUAACUGUCCGUCAUCUUAUUUUAAACCAUUGGAUAUUGUUGGCGAACAUUGUGAUUACCAAGAAAUCAAAGUUCAAGAGCAAAUUCAUAAACUUAGUGCUGGCUCUAUUCCAGGUUCAAUCGUAGUUUUACUUCAAGAGGAUUUAGUGGAUAUAUGUCAAGCUGGUGACGAUAUUAUAGUUAGUGGUAUUGUUAUUAGACGUUGGAGAUCCAUUAGAAAUGAUGAGCGUUGCGACAUUGAAGUGGUAUUAUUAGCAAAUUAUGUGCGUGUUAUGAACGAGCAAAAAUUCUCAUCUACAAUGACCGAUGAAACAAGAAGACAAUUUGAAGAGUUUUGGGUGCAACAUGAACACCAACCCUUAGUUGGCAGAAAUAGAAUUAUCAAUCAAAUUUGUUCUGGUGUAUUUGGUUUAUUUGUUGUCAAAUUAGCAUUAUUAUUAAUUUUAAUUGGUGGGGUAAAUAUUGAAAAUUUAGAGAAUGGAACUAAAAAAAGAGGUGAAUGUCAUUUGCUAUUAGUGGGGGAACCGGGCACUGGUAAAUCUCAAUUUUUAAAAUUUGCUGCCAAAGUUGCACAACGUGCAGUUUUAACAACUGGUAUUGGUACAACCACUGCUGGUCUCACCGCUGCAUCCGUAAAAGAACCAGGAAGUGGUGAAAUGGUACUCGAAGCAGGGGCUUUAGUUCUUGCUGAUGGUGGUGUGUGUUGCAUUGACGAGUUUAGCGGCAUUAAAACUAAAGAUAGAGCCACAAUUCAUGAAGCUAUGGAACAACAAAGCUUAUCAAUUGCAAAAGGUGGUGUUAUAAGCAGACUUCAUACUCGUACAUGUAUCAUUGCCGCUACAAAUGCAAAGGGAAAAUAUGACCAAAAUGAAACUCUCACCGUAAAUACAAGUUUAGCAACACCAUUACUCAGUAGAUUCGACAUUAUUUUAUUAUUAACCGACGAUCAAAAUUCAGAUUGGGACAGAGAAGUAUCUAGCUUUAUUUUAAGACAAGCAAUGGCAUCUACUUCAAACAAUAACAAUAUUAGUAGCAGUGGUAGUAGCACACUAAACAACACUUCAUCAUUUACAAAUCCAAGUGAUAUUGAUGAUUUUUGGAAUUUGGAUUUAUUGCAAUCGUAUAUUUAUUAUGUCAAGGGAAACUUUAGACCAAAGCUAACACCAGAAAGUAAACAACUCAUUGAAGCAUAUUAUUCAAAACAACGUGCCAACGUAAUGAGAGCCAAUGAAUCAAGAACAACUGUUAGAUUACUUGAAAGUCUCAUUCGUUUAUCACAAGCCCACGCUCGUUUAAUGUUUAGAAACACUGUUGAAGUUCAAGACGCCAUUAUUUCCAUUUUCAUGUUAGAAUCAUCAGUCGAAUCUAAUUGUAUUUUUGCAAAUUUAAAUGCACAACGUUCUAUAUUCCCAGACGACCCCGAACAUGAUUAUAAAAUGUUGGAAAAUAAAGUUAAAAAAGCUCUAGGUUUAUCAAAUUUAGUUUCAAAACCAAUUCCCAGAAAAAUUUCUAAACGUAAUCCAUCAAAUCACAGAUCAAAUCCUAAUUGGGUACAAAAUCAAUUAGAAGAUGAUGAUGAACCUGAAUAUGAAUAUGAUGAAGAUGAGGAUGGGGAUGAAGAUGAAGAUGAAGAUGAAGAACAAGAACAAGAACAAGAACAAGAACAAGAACAAGAACAAGAACAAGAACAAGAACAAGAACAAGAACAAGAACAGGAAGAAGAGUUUGUUGAAAAUGGUUUUAAUGAUAUAGAAAUGCAAGAUCAAAUGGAUGAACAAAUGGAUGACUAUGAAGAAAAUAAUAUAAAGAAGAAAAAUGAACAAAAAGAAAAGGAAAAGCAGCAACAGGAAGAAAAGCUUAAACAACAAAGAGAGGAAUUAAGACAAAAAGAAUUAAAAGAGCAACAACAAAGAGAACAAAAAGAAAGGGAGGAAAAAGAAAAAGUGUUGAACUUACAAAAAGAAAAAGAAGCAAGACAAAGAGAACUAGAGUUAAAACUUGAAAAGCAAAAGAAAUUAGAAGAGCAAGAAAAAAGAGAACAAAAAGAAAAAGAGAAAAAUAAAAAUCAACCCAAGGAUCCAUUUGAAGACUUGGAUUAUUUAGAUGAUGGAUGUUUUAUUAUUGAACCAUUAAAAAGCAACUCAAACAAAUCCAAAGAAAAUAACAACAAUGAUAGUCUUGAACUUGAUGAAGAUUUAGAUGUAUCUUAUAUUGACGAAAUUAAAACAAAGACCCCAAUUACCCAAGUUCAAAAAGAAUCCUCAUAUAAAAAUACACCUUUACCACCAACAAAAAAACAACAAAACAGACUUAGUCAAUUAUCAUCACAAUUAGAAUUUUCACAAGAAAGUAUUGAAAAUAAUAGUAAUAGUAAUAGUAACAAUAAUAUAAAAUAUAAUUCAACAACUUUUACAGAAGAUAGUUUAAGCUUAGAUUCAUUUUCUGAAAUCAAAUCAUCAAUUUCUAAUAGCAAUAAUUAUAAAACAAGUAAUAGUAUUGAUAAUAAAAUUAAUAACAAUAGAAUUGUCGAUGAAGAACUAUUUUUUGACGAUGAAAUACUUCCCUCACCAAAAUUAAAAACACCAACCAAACAAUCAUCAAGCAGCACAACCAAAAUUAACGAAGAAAUUGUAAAUGAAAUUCAAAAGCUCAACACACAAGAUUCAAUUAAUAUUACUAUGAGCGGUGAAGAAGGAUGGGAUGACGACGAAGAAGAUAUUCCUUUCUAUCAACCCUCAGUUGCUAAAUCCUCCAAAUCUACAGCUUCUACAAUUAACCAAAGUCAAUCAAAAAAAUUGGAUAACGAUGGUGAUUUAGACAAUUUAGAUGGUUUAGAAUGGUAA